GGGGUGGGGUGGUAACUAAUUCUAAUUCUAAUUCUAAUUUUCCGUUGGGAUAAACUGUUUUUAGAACUCCAGUAGUUAACAGUUAAUUUUUGAGUUUGUUCCAUCGGAAACUUUAAAAUUUUUGAAAAGAUGAAUUCCGGUAUAUAAAGGGAACAUAACGGGAUUUGUAUCUAAUUAUGACAUUAACUAUUGCAGUUUGGAUGUUCAUAUCCUGCCUGAUGUCAUAUAAGUAAGGAGUUUAUUAGUUAUAACCAACGAACAUCAACAACUUUUAAAGUUUUUUUUCAACGUUUUAUUUAAAACCCUCUUCUUCUUUCUUCUUUCUUCUUUCUUCUUUUUCUUCUUUCCAUUUACUUGGUUAUCUUUCUUGGGUUAUCACCUAGAUCUACCCCUUCUACUCAUCGUACUCACCCAACAAAUCAAAUCAUUUACAAAUCUCAUUCAUUAUGACUUCUUCAGGUGAACCAGAAAAGAUGUAUAUAUCUUAUAACAAUAUUCAUCAAUUAUGUCAAGAAAUCGCUCCUAAAAUUAAAGCUUUCCAACCUGAUUUAAUAAUCGCCAUUGGUGGUGGUGGUUUCAUUCCUGCUAGAAUGUUACGUUCAUUCUUAAAAGAACCAGGUCAUCCAAAUGUAAGAAUUAUGGCUAUUAUUUUAUCCCUUUAUGAAGAUAUUGGAACCAUUGGUGAUCAAAUUGAACAAGUGGGAACUCAAGUGGUUAGAACUCAAUGGAUUGAUUAUAAUCAAUCCAAAAUCGAUUUAGUUGGUAAAAAUGUCUUAAUCAUUGAUGAAGUUGACGAUACCAGAACAACUUUACAUUAUGCGGUAUCUGAAUUAAAAAAAGAUGUUGAACAACAAGCUAAAUCUCAAGGUAAAAAUCCCAAUGAUACAAAAUUUGGAGUGUUUGUCUUACAUGAUAAGCAAAAACCAAAAAGAGCUGAUUUACCUGAUGAAAUUAUGAAAACGGGUAAUUAUUUCGCAGCAAGAACUGUACCUGAUGUUUGGAUUGCUUAUCCUUGGGAAUCAACCGAUAUUGUUUAUCAUACUAAAAAGGCUCUUGAACAAGAUAAUGAUGUUUUCUUACCAUCUACCACUCAAGAGGAUUAGAAUUAUUUAAUUAUUCUCCCGUGUUUUACACUUUUCUGCUUUUAAUUUUUUUUUUUCAUUUAUUAGAGGUUCAUAUAAAAAUCAAAUAUACACUUAAUACAACAUUCAUACAAUCAAU